AUGGCAACACAAGCAAGUGAAGACAAGUCGCAUCCGACAUCACCCUAUACGAAGCCCGACCAGAUGGAUCAAGAAGGGAGCAGGCAACCAGCACAGCAACAGCCGCAAAAGGCAGAAGCACCGCAUAAGACCGAGACAGAAGAAAAGAUCGAGAACGAGACUCCGCCGUUGAAAACUGAUGCUUCAGCAUCCGCGUCAGAAUCGAGCACACAGCAGGAUGGAGUUCAGCACGUGACACGAAGAUCAAGAAGUAAACGGCACGAUCCAGCUAAGCAACUCGGACAAGUCGGGCAACAGCAGGUCGCCCCCCAGAACCAACAAAAUCGACAAGUGCAGACCACGAGCAGCAGCGGAGCGCCAUCCGUGAAGCUGGACAUGAACUUGGAUGUCGACAUUGAUCUCAAAGCAAAGAUUAAGGGCGAUGUAACGGUGUCUGUAUUAGGAGGAAAGCAGAAUAAAAAGUGA